CCUCCACCUCUCUCUCUCUCUCUCUCUCUCACUAUCUCUGUGUCUCUCUCUUUCUCUCUAUACCUUCACAUCAUUGAAUUUAUGUCCGUCUGUCUUCUCUCCGCCCUCCCUCUCUCCUUCCCUAUCUUUCUCUCCUUCCUGUCAUUGGGUCGCUCAUGAUGGUGUGUGACUUCUCUCUGAUGAUUGGGAAUAUUGCUUCAUUGGUUGAUGGAGGGAUUGGUGAAAGCUAAGAAGAAGAAAAAGAAGAGAAGGGACAAGGAGCUGAGGACUGAGGAGGGGGUUCAUUGAUCUGUGCUUGUCUCUGCCUGCUUGUGUCCAACGUACACAGGCCCUGUCCCGACAGAGCGAGAGUCUCCGAUGGGUCGGAGCGACCAGUCUCCCAGUCGGGCCCAGCCAGGCAGGACUACUCAGAGACCUAAUGCAUGCUGCUUCUGCUGGUGCUGCUGCUGUAGCUGCUCAUGUCUCACUGUUAGGAAUGAAGAGGAGAGACGCAGGAGGAGGAAGUCUCAAGAGACCAGGAUGGAGACCAUACCAAACUGUGAAGCUUGUACCAAACCCACGAUGGAGGAGAUCCGCAUGUGGGCCCAGUCGUUUGACAAGCUGAUGAAGAACCCGGCAGGGAGGAAUGUGUUCCGGGAGUUCCUGAGGACAGAGUACAGCGAGGAGAACAUGCUCUUCUGGCUGUCCUGUGAAGACCUCAAACAGGAGAUCAGCAAGAGCAGCAUCGAGGAGAAGGCUCGGAUCAUCUACGAGGACUACGUCUCCAUACUGUCCCCUAAAGAGGUGAGUCUGGACUCGCGGGUGAGGGAGGUGAUCAACAAGAAGAUGGCCGACCCCACGCCCCACACCUUUGAGGACGCACAGCUGCAGAUCUACACGCUGAUGCACAGAGACUCGUACCCCCGCUUCCUCAACUCCAACAUAUACAGAAAUCUGGUCCAGGGCAGCUCACGCACCUCCUCCGAGUCCUAGGCACACUCACUUCCUCCUUCAUUCCUCCUCGCUUUCAAUCACUCCCUCCUCACACAGACCCCGUUUGUCAAUCAGUCCCUCGCUCCUUCACGUACUACCUCUUUCCUCCCGACAAUCCUUCUCUCGUCUCUCCUCUCUCACCAAACUGUCUAUCCCCUCCUCAUACACAAGACCACCUCUCCCCAUCUCUCCUUCGCCCUCACUCUUCUUGCACACUGCUCUUCCCUUCUCGGUCUCCUCACACUCCCUCUCCUUCUCACUCCUUGCAUUCCCUCUCUCCUUCUCUCCUCACACUCCCUCGCUUCUUCUCACACUCCCUCGGUCUUUCUCACACUUCCUCUCUCCUUCCCUCGUUUACCGUCUCUUCUAACCGUCUCAAAGGCUCUCUCCUUCACCUCUCCUUUUCUAUCGACAUGAUUUGUCUUUUUUAGGUCCCUCUAUCCCAGCCAUACUCUGCCAUUAUCCAACACACAACCACUAGAAGGAGAAACGACUCCCCCCUUUUUGGGAUUCCGACCAUUAACACCAUUGGAUCUUGUCAUGUUUUAGCCACUCCCUCCUCAAGGAGUCCGGGCCAUAGAUGGAUUAUCUGGACCCAGACGUGUACACACACAUUUUCUCUCUCCCUCUCUUUCAAACACACACAUAAAUACGUUAAACUGGAAGACACAGGGUUGACUAUGGAAAAUACCUAUUUGUUCUCUUGUCUGUGCUGGACCAACCCAACCUGCGUGUUGACCACCUCUCCACAGCACCAACUACUGAUUUACAAAACAUCUAUUUUUUAGAUUCUAUAUGUAUAUAUACAUCUAUGUUGAUAUAUUUUCCUCUGAUGGACAUAUUUGAAGAUUAUUAUAAAUAUCCAGACAAACUCUGCAAUAAGACACUGGAGUGUACGUUUCUACAGGUUCACCCUGACCCCCCACCCAUCCACCAGGGAUGACCUGGGCUCUGCUGCUUCUGUGAACUCUCAACUUUGACCUCUCCACUGUCUCCCUGGCUUGCUGGGAUUGGCUGUCUCAGGCACUGGGCUGAGCUGUGGUUGGUUGAUCUGGGAGGGGGCUAUAGAGAUAACCCAGGUGCAAAAAUGUUAAAUGGAUAAAAAAUACAGAAAAAAGAGAAUAAGGACAAAAACAUAGAGGCUGAUGAGUUUUAAACAACUGCUUGAAUGGCAGAGGGGAGGAUGACAUGGUGUUUGUAGUUGUAAAGAGGAGAAAAAAAAGAUGCCUAGGUCUUAAUCAGACUUGUCAUUCAAAUGCAUUUAACUUAGUAUUAUUGUUAUUUAUUUUAUAUUUUGUUAAACUGUGAUUUUAUUGUACAUAUAUAAAGACUCAUCCAAAAGAGAA